AUGGAGGCAAAAUCCAUAGUCGUGAGUGUGGAGGGGAUGACAUGCAACUCCUGUGUUCAAACCAUUGAACAGCAUGUCGGGAAGAUGAAUGGUAUCCUUAACGUUAAAGUAUCUCUAGAGGAUAAGAAUGCAGUCGUCAUUUAUGACUCAAAACUGCAGACUCCAGCAACACUGCAGGAAGCGAUAUAUGACAUGGGGUUUGAUGCGACAUUAGCUGAUUCAAACCCACAACCUGUUUUACCUGACACUAUUUUCCUUGCUAUUCCUACUCAGUCAGCUCUAACGUCUAAACAGAUCUGUAGUACGCUACUAAAGAACAAAGGUAUCGUGGACGUUAAAAUGUCCUCCGAUCACAAAACCGCAGUGGUGACUUUCAUUUCUUCCAUUAUAAAUGGCAAGCAGAUUAUCCAAAUGAUCCCAGGAGUAAAUUUAAAUACCUCUGCACCAGAGGUAACGCCUGGAACUUGUGAAGAUUCCAGCUGGUCUCAAGCAAGUAGCGUUGUGCUGCGCCUGAAAGUAGAGGGGAUGACUUGUCAUUCCUGCACCAGCACCAUUGAGGGGAAGAUUGGCAAACUGCAAGGAAUUCAGCGGAUUAAAGUGUCCCUGGACAAUCAGGAAGCUGUUGUUGUCUACCAGCCUCAUCUAAUUACAGCAGAAGAAAUAAAACAUCAGGUUGAAGCUGCGGGUUUCACAGCAUCUUUCAAAAAGCAGCCUAGACCCCUCAAGCUCAGUGUCGUGGACCUGGAGAGGCUGAGGAAUACUCAGACCAAAGGCUCCGAGACAGUCCGGAAAGAAAACUUGAAUGCAAACGAUACAAAGACAGUUGUCUUCAGAAUUGAUGGCAUGCACUGCGGUUCAUGUGUCCUCAAUAUUCAGAGUACCAUAUCAGCACUCCCAUCAGUAUCAAGUAUAGUUGUUUCAUUAGAGAAGAAAUCUGCUAUUAUAAACUAUAACCCAAACUUAAUUAGCAUGGAUGUACUGAGAAAAGCCAUAGAGGCAGUGUCUCCAGAGACAUUUAAAGUCAGCCUUCCUGACGAAUGUGAAAAUGUAGCACUUUUCCCCACGCUGGCGUCUCCGCUGAAGUCUUUUCACCCAGCUCUGAAGGAUGCUAGCCAGCCGCUUACUCAAGUUGUUGUGAUAAAUAUCGAGGGAAUGACUUGCAACUCUUGUGUGCAGUCCAUUGAGGGAGUCGUAUCCCAAAAGGCAGGUGUAAAAUCCAUUCAUGUCUCUCUCGUAAAUGGUAAUGGGACUAUCGAAUACGACCCUCUGCAAACAUGCCCAGAAGACUUGCGAUCCUCAAUAGAGGAUAUGGGAUUUGAUGCAUCUUUUUCAGUAACUAAUGAAGGGAUGUUUAACCAGGCUCAGCCCUCACCCAAAGUGCAGCUGGAAUCCCACAAAACUGAGCCUCCCUCCAAAGUGCCACCCACCCACCUUGCUAGACAAGAGACAAAGACUAUAUCGAAGUGCUAUGUCCAAGUCACAGGAAUGACAUGUGCUUCAUGUGUCGCCAACAUUGAGAGAAAUUUGAGAAGAGAAGAUGGAAUACAUUCGAUACUUGUUGCCCUAAUGGCAGGAAAGGCAGAAGUGAGGUAUAAUCCUGCUGUCAUACACCCUUCAGCCAUUGCAGAGCUCAUACGGGAACUGGGAUUUGGAGCUACGGUGGUGGAAGACUGUGGAGAAGGAGAUGGAAUUCUGGAACUUGUUGUGAGAGGAAUGACAUGUGCUUCUUGUGUACACAAAAUAGAAUCCACCCUCAUGAAGACUAACGGUGUCUUAUACUGCUCAGUAGCACUUGCCACCAACAAAGCACACAUUAAAUAUGAUCCUGAGAUUAUAGGUCCUCGAGAUGUUAUACAAGUGAUCAAGGAUUUAGGUUUCACUACUUCGUUAGUCAAAAAAGAUAGAUCUGCUAGUCAUCUAGAUCACAAACAGGAAAUAAGGCAGUGGAAAAGGUCUUUUGUUGUGAGUCUCGUUUUCUGUAUUCCGGUCAUGGGGCUGAUGAUUUACAUGAUGGUUAUGGACAACCAGCUUUCAGAUGCUCACGCACAUCACAACAUGAGCAGUGAGGAAAUGGAGGCCCUUCACUCCUCUAUGGUCCUGGAAUACCAGCUCCUGCCAGGAUUGUCUGUUAUGAAUUUUCUGUCGUUUUUACUCUGUGUCCCCGUACAGGUGUUUGGAGGCUGGCACUUCUAUAUACAGGCAUACAAAGCACUGAAGCACAAAACUGCGAAUAUGGACGUGCUCAUUGUUUUGGCAACCUCCAUUGCGUUCAUCUACUCGUUUGUUAUUCUUCUAGUUGCAAUGGCCGAGAAAGCAAAAGUAAACCCUGUAACGUUCUUUGACACUCCUCCUAUGCUAUUUGUGUUCAUCUCAUUGGGCCGGUGGCUAGAGCAUGUUGCGAAGGGUAAAACAUCAGAAGCACUGGCAAGACUAAUUUCAUUACAAGCUGCUGAAGCUACUAUUGUUACCUUGGGCCCUGAUAACGUUCUUUUAAGCGAAGAGCAAGUUGACGUUGAACUGGUUCAACGAGGUGACAUUGUCAAAGUGAUCCCAGGAGGCAAAUUCCCAGUGGAUGGUCGUGUUAUUGAAGGACACUCUAUGGUAGACGAAUCUCUUAUCACAGGUGAAGCGAUGCCCGUGACUAAAAAAGCUGGCAAUACAGUUAUUGCAGGUUCUAUUAAUCAGAAUGGAUCACUGCUGAUUUCAGUUCUUUCCCAGAUUGUUAAACUUGUGGAGGAGGCCCAGACCUCAAAGGCUCCUAUCCAGCAAUUUGCAGACAAACUUAGUGGCUACUUUGUUCCUUCUAUUGUGGCUGUCUCUGUGGUUACACUUUUUGCCUGGAUUAUAAUUGGAUUUGUGGAUUUUGAAAUAGUAGAAAAAUACUUUCUGGGUUACAAUAAGAGCAUUUCUGCAGCCGAAGUGAUAAUCCGCUUUGCUUUCCAAGCCUCUAUCACAGUCCUGUGUAUUGCUUGCCCCUGCUCUCUGGGAUUAGCCACCCCGACAGCUGUGAUGGUUGGUACUGGAGUAGGAGCUCAGAAUGGCAUACUGAUCAAAGGAGGAGAGCCGUUAGAGAUGGCACAUAAGGUGAAGGUGGUUGUGUUUGACAAAACAGGUACUAUUACUCAUGGGACCCCAGAAGUGAUGCAGGUGAAGUUUCUAGUGGAGAGUAACCAACUACCACAUGACAAAAUGCUGGCGAUCCUGGGGACUGCAGAGAGUAAUAGCGAGCAUCCUCUUGGAGUAGCAAUAACAAAAUACUGCAAAAAGGAACUGGACUCAGAAGCCCUUGGGACAUGUACAGAUUUUCAGGUAGUUCCAGGUUGCGGCAUUAGUUGUAAAGUCACCAAUAUUGAAGCAUUACUCUACAGGCAAGAUAAAAUGGUCGAAGAAAACAAUAUUAAAAAUAUGACACUUGUGAAAAUUGAGGAAAAUAUGGACGAAUUGGUGCAGCCUGCUUUGAUUAUUGAUGCUGAACUACCAACUAACAUGACUUCUCAGACAUACUGUGUUCUCAUUGGGAACCGAGAAUGGAUGAACAGAAAUGGCCUCGUUGUUAAAAAUGAAGUUGAUAAAGCUAUGAUGGAACAUGAGCGGAGAGGUCGCACGGCAGUUCUCGCAGCUGUUGAUGGAGUGCUUUGUGGCUUGAUAGCUAUUGCUGAUACUGUGAAACCAGAAGCUGAGCUGGCAGUCUACACUUUGAAGAGUAUGGGAUUAGAAGUUGUCCUAAUGACUGGUGACAACAGCAAAACAGCAAGAUCUAUUGCCUCCCAGGUUGGCAUCACCAAAGUGUUUGCAGAGGUUCUUCCCUCCCACAAAGUAGCCAAAGUGAAACAGUUACAAGACGAAGGAAGACGGGUGGCCAUGGUUGGAGAUGGUAUCAAUGACUCCCCGGCUCUUGCUAUGGCCAACGUGGGAAUUGCUAUUGGCACGGGUACUGAUGUCGCCAUUGAGGCAGCUGACAUGGUUCUAAUUAGGGAUGACUUGAUGGAUGUGGUAGCAAGUAUAGAUUUAUCAAGAAAAACUGUGAAAAGGAUCCGGAUCAACUUUGUCUUUGCUCUAAUUUAUAAUCUCAUCGGAGUUCCCAUAGCUGCUGGUGUCUUCCUGCCCAUUGGUUUGGUUUUACAGCCCUGGAUGGGAUCUGCAGCAAUGGCUGCCUCCUCUGUUUCUGUCGUGCUUUCUUCUUUGCUGUUAAAGAUGUACCAGAAACCAAGUUCUGAGAAACUCGAGUUCCGGGCCCGUGGCCAAAUGAGGCACAAGAGCCCGUCAGAAAUCAGUGUCCACAUUGGAAUUGAUGAGACUGGGACAGGCUCCCCUAAACUGAGCUUAAUGGAUCGAAUCAUCAAUUACAGCAGAGCCUCUAUCAAUUCUCUCCUUUCAGAUAAGCGUUCAGUGAACAGCAUAGUUCUUCAUGAACCAGAUAAGCAUUCACUUUUGGUGCCAGAUUUUGGAGAAGAUGAUGACACAGCAUUAUGAAAGACUUGCCCCUCCCACCCCUGCUAAGCAAGAAAAAAAAAAAAAAAAACCUGAAGCAAAAUGAAAAACCAACCAAAACAGCUAUCGAGAAGUCUGUGCAUGUACUGACCAUU